AGUUAAUGUAAAAUCACAGCGUAGAAGUUCAAGGUGAAUGUCCAAUGGAUGUAUCGGACAUCGAUGAUUUUAUAGUUUAUGACUCGGCCGACAGUGACGUUGAAAUUGAUAAUCGCCCAGUCGCAUUGAAGGAUAUCAUCGGCUCAUGUGAAGUAGAGGAUGAAAUUCAAACUGCCGCUGGAUAAACAAUCUCAAAACACAAGACGUCUCAACGACGUUAAGUAUAUGUUAGAAAGCGGAGGAGAAGUAGCUGCUAAUAUACAUGCUUUUUACGAAACAAAUAAUUGCUUGAUUGACCCACUGCGAGAAAAUUUGGUUGACUUAAUCUUGAAGGAAAAACGGCAGAUCCCUCGUGGAAUACUUAACGAAAUUGCAGAUCAAAUUUGCACAAUUUUUUCAACAGAAAAGAAGAGAGUCUAUUAUGAAAAAUUGAAAAAUAAACAACCGACGGGUCUCUUGUGGCGAAAAUAUAAGGAUUCUCGAGAAAAAAAGAAAACCGAAAGCCAAUUACCAUCCGAUGAGUCACAAACCGAAGAAUCGGACGCUUUAUUAACAGAUGAAGUGAAGAAGAGCAUCGAUUUCCUCAAUAACGAGGACAAUUUCGGCGUGAAUUGGAAUAAGUCAACGAUUUCUGAACAUUGGACCACUACGUUUUUAUACCGUGAUUCAAAAGUCUAUAAAAAUUUUAGCCAAGCACUUGACGAUUGGUUACCACUUCGUAGAGCUGAUGCACCUGCAUUGAUACAUUGUGACUUCGAAUUAAAGUAUGGUAGUGACAGCGCACAGUCACUCCUUACUAAAUGGGAAAAUUUUACCUUUCGUAAUCAGCAAGAAAUCUUAAGGGGAAUUCGAGAUGCGAAGGAAAAGAAAGUUCUUCAGGCUGCCCAGUGUGGAACAGAUUUGAACGCGAAGAAUAGAACUUUCGUGAUGGCGCUGCAUCAAUUGAGCUAUACCGUGCCUGCACAUACCACUUCUGAAAAAAACAAACAUAAAAUAACGUGGGCCCCGACGAUCCCAGAGUCCAAGGAUGCAUUCUUGGUGGUUGUCAACGAUUCGGAAGAAUUAGAUAAGCGUUUAAAAUUACAAUACAGGCUUUGCGAACUAAAGAACUUCAAAAUUCAUCCAGUCAUUUUUGUAAUGGGAAAAGCGAAUAAUACACGUUAUGUGAUUGCACUUGGAAGCAUACGCUAUGAGUGCGAAUCAUUGAUUGAUGCUGUUGACGAUGCUUUCAAAAUCUAUGUUAUGAUGAAAAUACCAUUUCCGCCUCAGUGCGCCCGAGUUUGGCUAUUUUUAAACGAACUAUUUUAUAAAAUUGAUCUGGAACAAAAGCCAAGCGCCAAAAUUAUGUCUAUGCUAGACUCAUAUCAGAUUUAAAUGCAUUGAUAUAGU